AACCAUUCUUCCUUCAGUUUUGUUCAAUUUCCCAAUCAUAUUAACAAGAAGAAUUUCUUCGGCACCAGCAACGGCUAAUUGUACGUUGAGUUAUAACGGCGAAUUAGGGUUUAUUAGAUCCAUUUGUUGUUUCUCUCUUAUGUCCUACAAUGGAUAAUAACCCUCAGAAUCCCGCUUCACAGUCUCUUCGGCCACCUGCAAUUGGAUCCAUUGGUUCUCAAAGUUUUGGAACAAACUACUCGAUGCAAUUCCGGGGGGCUACGGUUACACCACAACAGGGUCAACCAUUUAUGCAGCCAGGUUCAGCCGCUCCGCAAUAUCGUCCAGUGGGUCAAACUCCGUUACCACAGUAUUCUCAACUGUUGCAGCAGAGGCCGGGUGGGCACCCCUCUCCAUCAUCACAACCGAUGCCGAUGCCAUAUAUGCAGCAGCCACCACAGUUCCAGAACCAGAACCCUGGAGUACCUCUUUCAUCUUCGUAUACAUUCAAUGCACCGUCAUUCGGGCAACCAACAAAUGUGUCUUCUCAGUUUCAUGCUGUCUCACAGAUGCACGCACCUGUUGUUUCUAGUGGAGGACAACCUUGGAUGUCUUCUGCAAAUCAAGGUCCACCGACUGUUUCAUCGGUGCCACAAACUGGACAGCAGCCUUCAACCGCCACUCCCCCAAAUCAGCAGGCAUCAAGUGCCGUCGAUGCUAGUCAAGAGGCAUCAGCUGAUUGGCAAGAGUAUACAGCUGCUGAUGGAAGAAGAUAUUAUUACAACAAGAGAACAAAACAAUCUUCUUGGGAGAAGCCUUUGGAGUUGAUGACACCUUUGGAGAGAGCUGAUGCUUCUACUGUUUGGAAAGAGUUCACAACGGCAGAGGGCAAAAAAUAUUAUUACAACAAAGAUACAAAACAAUCUAAAUGGACGAUACCCGAGGAAUUGAAGCUGGCUCGUGAGCUGGCUGAGAAAGAAGCUUCUAGAGGGACUCAAUCACCAGCCUCUAUAACACCCUCUGCACUCGAUCAAGCUUCCGCUCUUGCUUCUGCUAACUCAGUUAAAGAGGUGUCUUCAAGCCCUGUAGCCGUUACACCUGUCAUCCCUGCUGGCAAUGCUCCCCCUAAUGUGGCGUCUGAGCCAUCUUCAACGGUUUCUGCGAGUGCCAACAUGCAUUCGUCUCCAUUGGGCAAAACAGAGAAUUCGUCUUCCCACGGUGUUCCAAAAUCUAUAGAUGGAGUCUCUGUACAAGACACAGAGGAAGCUAAGAAGGGCAUGGCAGCUGCCGGAAAAGUGAACACAACGCCAGUAGAUGAGAAAGCUGCGGAUGAUGAGCAAUUUUUAUAUGCUAGUAAGCAGGAGGCAAAAAUGGCUUUUAAAGCUUUACUGGAGGAGUCAAAUGUUAAGGCUGAUUGGAACUGGGAGCAGGCAAUGAGAGUGAUCAUAAAUGACAAAAGAUACGGUGCGUUAAAAGCACAUGGUGAACGGAAACAGGCAUUCAAUGAGUAUUUGAUGCAAAGAAAGAAAGUGGAGGCUGAGGAGAGGCGGUUGAAGCAGAGAAAAGCAAAAGAAGAGUUUACAAAGAUGUUGGAAGAGUCUGAGGAACUGACAUCAUCCAUGCGAUGGAGCAAAGCAAUGGCAUUAUUUGAAGACGAUGAACGGUACAAGGCUGUUGACCGACCUUCUGACCGUGAAGAUCUUUUCCAAAACUACCUUGUCGACCUACAGAAGAAAGAGCGAGCAAAAGCUCAAGAAGAGCAGAGGCAAAACCGAUCUGAGUACCGACAGUUUUUGGAAACUUGUGGCUUGAUUAAGGUGGAUACUCAGUGGCGAAAAGUUCAGGAUCGUUUGGAAGAUGACGAAAGAUGUUCACGCCUUGAAAAAAUCGAUCGGUUGGAGAUUUUCCAGGAAUACAUCCGUGAUUUGGAGAAGGAAGAAGAUGAACAAAGGAAAAUUAAAAAGGAACAUAUAAAACGGGUGGAACGCAAAAAUCGUGAUGAGUUCCGUAAGAUGCUGGAAGAACAUGUGACUUCUGGUACACUUACCGCUAAAACUCAAUGGCGUGACUAUUGUCAAAAGGUGAAGGAGUCGGUAGCUUAUCAGGCUGUUGCUUCAAAUACAUCUGGCUCAACCCCGAGAGAUUUGUUUGAAGAUGUAGUUGAGGAGUUGGAAAAGAAGUACCAUGAAGAUAAAAUUCGUGUGAAAGAUUCGCUGAAAUCGAAGAAGGUUGCUGUUUUACCAACAUGGACAUUGGAAGAUUUGAAGGCUGCUAUUGAGGACGACAUCAUCUCAUCUUUAUCAGAUAUUAAUCUGCAGCUUGUGUUUGAAGAUUUGGUUGAGAGGGCAAAGGAGAAAGAGGAGAAGGAAUUAAAGAAACGUCUGUCUCUUGUGAAAGAUUUCACCGAGUUACUGUAUGAGAUCAAGGAAAUAACCGCAUCUUCUUCAUGGGAUGAUUGCCUGCCACUCUUUGAGGAAAGCUCUGAAUUCAGAGCUAUUGGUGAUGAGAGUGCUGCACGUGAAGCCUUUGAGGAAUAUGUUGCUCGUUUAGUGGAGAAGGCAAAGGAGAAGGAACGUAAACGGGAGGAAGAGAAGGCCAGAAAGGAGGAAAAAGAGAGGAGAAAGGAGAAAGAACGAAAAGAGAAAGAGAAAGAUAGAGAAGAGAGGGAAAAAGAAAAGAGUAAAGAUAAAGAUCGAUCAAAAAAAGACGAUUCAGAUAGUGAGAAUUUAGAUACAGUUGUGGAACACAAAGAGGACAAAAAACGAGACAGAAAACAUCGUAAGCGUCAUCAAGAUGAUGUGGCGUCUGACAAGGAUGAAAGGGAUGACUCCAAGAGGUCUCGCAGACAUGGCAGUGACCGCAAAAAGUCAAGAAAGCAUGCAUAUUCACCUGAAUCUGAUACCGAAAGUAAACAUAAGAAACACAAGAGAGAUUCUCGUAGUAAAAAUGGUGGUCAUGAGGAACUUGAAGACGGCGAGGUUGGUGAGGAUGGGGAAAUUCAGUAGGAUAUCAUUUUGAUGACAUAGACUUGUAUUUUUCAUGAAAUUCUAGACAUGUAGUGAGAUUCUGCUUAUGGUUUAUUGAAGUGUAUGUACAAUCACAAGUCAUGAAAGAUAAAUGGCACCUUUUGCAAUGAUUUAAUUUAAUUUAAAUAAAUGGGAUUUCACAUCUUUUUGACAA